AAAAAUUUUUUCAAAAGUGUUCACAGUAAAUUUAUUCAAAUUAUUUUUGUAGAUACUGCACCUAAUUUUUCAAAAAGCUAAUUGCUGCUCUUGUAUCUUUCACAUUAUUCAAUUUGUUAGUGCAUUCGUUAGAUAGAGAAGAAUUUUGUAUAUAAAGAUGCUAUUGCUUUUCAAAUAACAAUUAACAUUAUAAUAGAACAUGGCCACUAUUGAUUGAUCAAUAUUGCUCAAUAUUUUAUGUGGAGUAAUUGAUUCACUUAAAUAUUGUGGUGUUCCAUGUUUCUAAUUUCAUGCAUGCAUGUAAUUUAAUGAGUCACAUAUUAGAACAAUUACGUAGCAUUUCGUUGCCAUUUUCCCAAGAAUAAUUUCGAUCGAAAAAUGCCAUGGUUACUUUAUGACUAACAAAUAAUCUUUCUUAGUUUCGUCUACAUGAUGCAGCAUUGUACGCAGUUUUAAACUUAAAUUCAUUGAGAAUAGAUAACACGUAGAGACACAUCAGUUUACAUACUUGUUACAAAGAAGAUUACACUUGAAGAUUACAUAUAAAACAAAUUUGGAAAUCAUAUCUAUAUUAAUACUAAAGUGCAUAUAAUUAAUAAAAUAGGCUGUAGAUUAAGAUACAGAUUGCUAUUUUUCCAUUCAUAAGUUUAUGUUAAUUGUGCUUAAUUUGAAAAUUCAACAAUAUCAAGAGUAAAAUGCGAAAAAAAUGGUGCUUAUUUCGUGCUACGGAAUUUCAAUCUUUAAUGUAUCCAUGCUUCACCAUUUGCCGUAUUUUUGGUAUAUUUCCAUACAAGAUCAACGCAGCGACCUUCGAAUAUUCAAAAAGGCAUUACAUUAUAUCGAGUGUGAUUGUCUGCAUUUGUUGCGUUUUUGUCUUGAUACUCAUUCAUGAUAUUAUCACUUCUAAAUUAAACUUUGGAAACGAAGAAAAUAUUGAUCUCGUAAUGUACUCAACGUUUCAUAGUCUUAUAACAGUUAUUACGCACGUCUUAAGCAGUCCACGAAUGUGUUUACUACAAAAUAUAAUGGAGAUUUCAUCAAAAUUAUCUUCGGAGUCAUAUCAAAAGCUGUCCAGAUUAAUCCACGCUAAAGACAUCUUGGGUAUUAUCUUCGUAACGGUGCUAAUAGGGUCAUUCAUUGAUAGAAUAAAAGUCUAUCAAACGAGUUAUGUUUCUCUGGUUAUCAUAUUCGCGUCGUAUCUCUCGAUGUUAACAUUCCAGCUAAAUAUGUUAUAUGUAAAUUGUGUUUGUGUAUUAAAAGCCUGUUUCAAAAGUAUUAAUGACAAUUUAAUACAAAUGCACAGGCAUAUGAUAAAUGAUAUAAAAUUAUGUGGCGCCUUGUCCAUCUGUUACAUACAGAAAAAUCAAUUUUUGCUAAUAGAACUAAAGAUUCUAAAAAAGAGACAUCUGAUGGUUAGCGACACGGUGCAAAGACUCAACACAAUCUUCAGUUUGCAACUACUUAUUACAAUAGUUAUGAUAACUUUGGAUAUGAGUUUUUCAUUGUAUCUCUUUGCAGUACAUUGGCAAAAUGGAACAAUAUUGAUUAGUUUGGAAAGCGACCUUGUUGAAGUGUGUAUACUGUCUCUUGGUUAUGACAUUAUAAUCAUAACGUUACUUGUAUGGACCUGUGAGACUGGCAAGAAUCAAGCCCAAGAGAUUAGUGCUACCGUUCAUGAUCUACUUAAUAGGACAAAUAAUAAGCAAAUAAAAAAUGAGUUGCAUCUAUUUUCUUUACAAAUACUGCAUCGCAAAAAUAUAUUUUCGAUAAAAGGUCUCAAUGUGAAUGCGGAGCUUCUUGUAACGAUAGUGGGUAAAAUUACUACAUACCUAGUAAUAUUGGUACAAUUCUUACAUAUAUCGCAUUCUUGUGACAGAAAAACGGCAAUCAAUGUUACAUAAUUAAAUUUAAAAAAAUACAUGGAUAAAAAAACGCUUAAAAAAUAUUCUUUCCUUUAUUAUUAUUAUUAUUAUUGUAGUUUAUAAUUUGUGUGUGUGUGUGUGUGUGUGUGUGUGUGUGUGUGUGUAUGUGAUAUAAAUAAAUAUAAUAAGGUAUUCUAAGAUACUUAUUAGCAUCAGUAUAUUUGAAUUGCUUUUCAAUUAUUGAUAUUAUGUAUCCAGCUUUAAUUUAAAAUUAUGUUUUAAAUCCGAAAAAUAUGCAACGUGUAAUUAAUUCACACAAAAACUAUUACUAGACACUAAGAACCAAAAAAGUUCCUUACUUUUACAAUCGAUACUUUUAUCGAUCAAAUUUCUCUUAAUAUCAAAUUUAAGUAAAUAUUUGCUUUAAUCAAAAAUUAAUAUCCAUUACUCUGGUUAAUACUAUUAAUAAAUGUCUAAAAGUAAAUUAAUUUGUUCAGAUAUUGCAAAGUCUUUUUAAUCAUUUUAAUUCAUGUUUGUAUAAUUAAUUCGGUCAUUUCUUAUAAAUGCAAUAACAUUUUAAAACCAAUUUUCAUCUCGAAAGUGAUAAAUGCCAAUCAAAAAAUGUCAUGGUUACUUCAUAGGUAACAAAUAAGUUCUUCAAAUGUAGAUUUCUACCUAAACAUUUUGCAGUUUUAAACUUAAAGUCAUCGAGUGUUGAUAGAAUAUAAAGACAUAUUAAACUUACUUGUGACAAAGAGAUAAACUUGAAGAUUACAUUCAUUUAGAUAAGAAAUUUUUAGAUCUUAUCUUUCUUAAUGCUUAAUCAUAUGUUAAUAUUAUAGGUUAAAGAUCAUGAUAUAUGUUGUUAUUCUCUCAUAAAUUUUUAUUAAUUACGUUUAGUCAAAAAACCUAGAAAUACACCAAAAAUGCAGAAAAAAUGGUGGUGCCACGCUACGAAUUUUCAAUCUUUAAUGUAUCCUUGUUUCAUUUGUUGUCGUAUUCUCGGAAUAUUUCCGUACAAACUCAACGUUUCAAAUUCUCAAGUUCCGAAAUCGCACUACCUUGCAAUCGCCGUAAUCUGCGUUUGCUGUAUCUUUUAUGGAAUAAACAUUCAUUAUGUAAUUUCAAAAUCAAACAUUGGAAUGUUCAUGACUAUUCAUUUAAUGAUUUACUGUAUGCUUUGUACUUUCAUAGUGAUUAUCACACAGAUCUUAAGUUGUCCGAGGAUGUACUUGUUACAAAAAAUAUUAAAAAUCUCUGUAAUAAUACAUCAGAAGUCAUAUCAAAAGCUAUCAAGAUUGAUUCACAUUAAGGACACAUUGUGUAUUAUUUUUAAAAUUAUAGAAAUGUAUAUAUAUUAUCAUAAAAGUCAGCAGAUUAACUAUACUAUGUUGAUAAUCACAACAUACUUCAGCCUAAUAAUACUUCAGAUAAAUAUGCUAUACAUAAAUUGUGUUUGCGUAUUGAAGGCCUGUUUUGAAAGUAUUAAUGACGCUCUAGUACAUAUAAAAAAGCUCGUGGUAAAUGACAAAGAAUUAUGUAUUCCCAGAUUUGUUUACCACGUUAAAAAAAAUCAAUUUUUGUUGAUACAAUUAAAAGUCUUAAAGGAAAAACAUUUGAUGGUUAGCGACGUAGUCCAAAUGUUGAAUAUAAUCUUCAGCCCACAACUCUUUGCUACAGUAGUCAACAUCUCUUCUGCUACAACUUUUGGAUUUUAUUUUAACAUAGUGUACUGGCAAGAUGGAAUAUUGAUUGAUUUUGAUAUGCAGAAUCUUGAUGUAUUUUCAAUAUCCAUAACAUGUAAUAUAAUAAUAAUAAUGCUACUUGUGUGGGCCUGCGAAACGGGUAAGAAUCAGGCCCAAAGAAUCCGUACCACCAUUCACGAUUUGCUCAACAGCGUCAAUGACAAGGAAAUCAAAUACGAAGUAAUAAAGUUGUUAUUUCAUCUAUAUGUUUUUCUCAAAAUGUUCUGUAUUCUAACACAAUAUUUUAAAAUAUGAAAUCACUUGAAGUAUAAAAGUGUUUAAUAUCUUUCCGUUAUUCUGUUUUACGAUGUUACAGUUGCAGCUGUUUUCUUUACAAAUAUUACAUCGUAAAAAUACUUUUUCAAUGAAAGGUUUUAAUAUUGAUGCAGCACUUCUUGCAACAGUAAGUAAUCAAUUGUUUGUUUUAAUUAAUAAAAUAUUUGGCUUUUUUUUUAUUUUCAGAUGGCAAGUAAUAUUUCAACGUUUCUAGUAAUACUAGUACAAUUCUUAAACAUAUCACAUUCUUGUGAUAAAAAAACAACAAUUAAUGUUACAUAAUCUAAUUAAAUAAGGUAAAUAUUUAUAUACAAAAAUACAUUUUUAAAUAAUAAAACUCCCUUUUAUCCCAUUGAUAAUAAUAUGUAACCAUGUUAUUUAUUACGAUAUCUUAUAUUCGUACAAAGGCACUUUUACAUAUUUAAAAACGUACAACAAAAACUUGUAGGUAUAUACAAAUGUAUGUAUAUUAAUAAUUAUAUAAUAUUUAAAUGUAUUGUAGGAUUAUCCUGACACAACUCUGUUUGGAUGGUUCGCAUAUCAAGGCAGGAUGAGCCUCUGAAUAAUAAAUUAAUUCGAAAUUUUAUUCGUUAGUUUGUUCGAAUAUUUAUUUACCGGUUAAUCUUAACAAUCAAAGCAAACCAAUGCAGAUAAUAAUUGGAAAAUUAACAUAAAAUUAUUAUUAAGCAUCAAGUUAUUAUACAAAAGCUAAAAAAUAUAUGUAUGUGUAUUAAAAAA